AUGAUUGCCCACGAAGUUCUAGCCUGUCUCGAGCUGGCAAUUUAUGUUGGCCUUUUGGUUCCCACAACAUUUUGUACGAUUCAUUAUGCCCUCAAAGGACAGUUUGGAUGGCUAUAUCUCCAUGCUUUCGUUAUCGCGAAAAUCGCGGGCCCCGCAAUCUUAAUCAGUAUAACUGAGCAUUCUUCAUCAUCUUCCGGACUGCAAAUCGCAUCCCAGAUUCUAUAUCAAAUCGCCCUGGGCCCUCUUAUGUCUGCGACACUAUCUUUUGUCAACAUCUCCUCCACGCCCGACGAAGACAAAUAUGAACACUCUUAUUCUCCACUUGCUCCGCUCACACAGGGAGGAGGAUCGUCCAUGAUUCUUCGUCUCGUUCAUCCCAUCAUUAUGGCUGGCUUGGUCCUUGGAAUUAUCGGUGGCAUUCGCCGUAUGCCAGACAGCGCCACUGGAAUGAUCAAUCCGGACAAGUAUGACCAAGGUGCAACUUUCAUGAAGGCUUCAGGCGCGCUGUUCCUGGUCGCCUUUGUCGCCAUCUGCUUUGGUGCGAUCAGAUUGUGGAAGCAUCGGAAGGCGCUCGCAACUGUGUCUUAUCACAUCGUGACUGGCAUGGUUGUCAUUCUGCCUCUACUCUUCCUUCGGAUUAUAUACUCCGUGUUGAAUUCAGCCAAUCUGGACACCACGGGCCACACGGGGCAUACCAAUAAGUAUAACAUCAUGACUGGUAGCUGGGUGAUUUACCUCAUCCUGGGUCUGAUUCCUCAGGCUACGAUUAUCACAAUCUUUAUUGCCAGCGGAGUCUUUGCGUGGAUGAAAGUUCGCCGAGGCUCUGGAGUUUGA